AUGAGCUCGACCAACUUUGCCGCCGCCCAGCAGCGGGUCCUCGAGCGCCGCCGCCAACGCGAAGCAGAAGCGCGCGCCCGGCUAGAACAGCAACAGCGGGCUUCUCCGAUCAACCCGGCCACCUUCCAGCGACUGCCAUCCCCACUAGAUCGACUACCAGGAUCGGGGUGGAGGCUAUGGAAUUCGAUCAGGGGACGAGAUGGAACGCGACCGGCGUUUCGAGUGGGCCAGGUAGAUGCCGAGCUGCUUGAUGAAGAGCUGUUGGAUCUAUUAAAAGGUCAGGUUGGGAAUGCGCUUAAAUACUUUGGGCCUCAAAUGCAGGAGGAAUGGUCGCAUGAGAUUCUGCUUGCGCUGCGGGCGGUUCUCUUCAAGCUUUCCAUAUGGGACCACAAUGCGUCCUACGGUGCGGCGCUGCAGGGGCUUCACUAUACAGAUAGCCGCAGCAAGGGACCGGUUUAUGCUGCUCCAACAAAAUGGCAGAAGACAGUGUAUGGUCUGCUGACCGUGGGUGGACGCUAUGCCUGGGAUAAGUGGGAGAGCUGGUUGAUCGGGCAAGAGGGCGGAUACGAAGAGCCAUCACGAGAAGUCCGGAUGAUGUCCCGGUUAACGGACCUCGUUUCCACGUCACACUCGAUCGCCGCGUUUGUUUCCUUCCUGGUGUUCUUGGUGAAUGGCCGAUACCGGACCCUAGUCGACCGUGUCCUUCGUAUCCGCCUGACUCCGCCGUCCGCGCAGGCCAGUCGCGAGGUGUCGUUUGAAUAUCUGAACCGGCAACUGGUCUGGCACGCCUUCACCGAAUUUCUUCUUUUCCUACUGCCUCUCGUCGGUAUCAGUCGCUGGAGGCGGUGGGUGUCUCGCGCAUGGCACAAAGCCGUCACCGCACUCAAGUCUAAUGGCGACGAUGAUCAAUCAGCUGAAAAGCAAGGGGAACUGGCUUUCCUACCAGAACGCACAUGUGCCAUCUGCUACCGGGAUCAAAACCCGACUACCCAAACAGAAAGUGAUGUGAUUGCGGCAUCUGUGUCGGCGGGUGGCAUCACUGGCUCGGCACAGACAGAUAUCACCAACCCAUACGAGACAAUUCCAUGCGGCUGCAUUUACUGUUUUGUCUGCAUCGUUCAGAAACUCGAAGGCGAAGAGGGCCAAGGUUGGAUUUGUCUCCGGUGCGGCGAAUUGGUCAAGAAGUGCCAGCCUUGGAACGGCGAUGUGCUAGAAGAAGCACGCCCACAACCCGGCACGGGCAAGAUUGUUGGUUUCGCGAUCGAUGGAGAUGCUGAAAAGGAGAUCAGCGCCGAUGAAGCUCUUGGUUCUAGUCAGUGGUCUACGGUCGACGAAAAGACCGUCGAGGGCGAGAGCGCGGCUGAGAAUGGUGAAAUGUCUGAAAUCGAAGCAAUCCCCGAAGACGAUCAGCCGGAAUCAUCCUGA